CAUUCGACUCUCCGGCACAGCCAUCACUAUUCCGUACACAGUCAUGGCAGGACACUUUCGAACGCAGGCCCCAGCGGCGUCCCUGCCCGGCCAGGCCUUCGGCAGAUACCCGCAGUUCUCUGGCAUCAUGAAGCCCAGCCGCUUCGAGGGCGAGGUGCAGAACCUCGAGGUCGACGGUACCAUCCCCCACAGCAUCGACGGCACUUUCUACCGCGUGAUGCCCGACCCGCAGAUGGUCCCCUUCAUCGAGGGCGACCCGUGGUUCAAUGGCGACGGUAACAUCUCGGCUUUCCGCAUCCACAACGGCCGGUGCCACUUCAAGCAGCGUUACGUGCGCACGGAGAAGUUUGUGCGCGAGCGCCAGGCUCAGCGCGCCCUCCUGGGCCGCUAUCGCAACAAGUACACAGACCUUGUCGAGUUUCACGUCCGCAGCACCGCCAACACCAACAUCUUCUACUUCAACGGCCGCCUCCUCGCCUGCAAGGAGGACUCGCCCGCCUACGCCAUGGACCCCGUCACCCUCGAGACUAUCGGCCUUGAGGAUUUCUGCGGCCAGAUGCCUAGCCUGACCUUCACUGCUCAUCCCAAGUUAGACCCCGUGACCGGUGAGCUUCACUGCUUUGGCUACGAGGCCAGGGGUGACGGGACACCGGACGUGUGCUACUGGACUGUGUCGCCCGACGGGCAAGUCAAAAACGUCUCCUGGCUAGUGGCACCAGCGGUUGCCAUGAUCCACGACUUCGCCGUGACAGAUCACUGGAUCUUGUUUCCUCUCAACUGCCUGACAUGUGACGUUGAACGGCUCAAGGCCGGCGGCGAGCACUGGCAGUGGGACCCCGAGCUCCCUUUCUACCUCGGCGUGAUGCCACGCUAUGGGGGCAACAAUUCCAAUGUCAAGUGGUUCCAAGGGCCUACCGCCUUCCCAGGCCAUACGGCCAACGCGCACGAGACUGCCGACGGCAAUAUUGUGUUCGACCUGGCCAUGGCGAAAGACAACAUCUUUGUCUGGUGGCCCGAUAGGGACGGCAAUGCGCCGGACCCGAAAAGCGGUGCUUGCCGCACCGAAAUGUCGCGGUACACAAUUGACCCGCGCUCCAAAGACCUGGAGCUGCCGACUCCCGCCGUCCUGGGGCCAGAUGACUGCGAGUUCCCGCGCAUCGAUGACCGCGUGAGCUCGAAACCGCAUACCACAAUCUUCUACCUGGCCAUGGACCCUGCGCUCGACACAAACUACCAAGCCAUCGGGCACCUUGUGGCUGGGUUCGCGCCGUACAACGCCAUCGGGCAGCUCGACGUCGUCACGGGCGGCCUCGCCAAGUACUUUCCGGGUCGCACGCAUUUCGUCCAGGAGCCCGUCUUCAUCCCACGCUCCAAGGAUGCCUCCGAGGGCGACGGCUACGUCAUGGCCAUGGUUAACAAUCUCAGCACCAUGACGAGCGAGCUGCAUAUUGUCGACACAAAUGACUUCACCAAAGCCCAGGCCAUAAUCUACCUGCCCAUGAAUCUACGCAUAGGCCUUCACGGCAACUGGGUCGACUCGCAGGAUCUGGGACUGUCCAAAGACUAGGCGGCAAGAUAGGGACAAAGAUAUGCAGGGGCGGCGUCACUACCAGGGCUUGAAAAGCCCCCUUGCACGCGAAACGAGCAGAUUUCCGUAUGACUGUCUUGGUCCAUCUAGUUGAUGUCGCUCACAGCCAAGAAUUAGCGAAACACUAUUUAUACCAGCCUUCUCCGUUAACAAUCCUUGCAUCACCUGCAAAAAAUGCCUUCUUAGCAAGUUAACCUCCUCCAUGCGCGGGCGUGGCCCGCGACAUUGCUGGACCACAAAUAGUUGACCCUACAAUGUUCAACAACAUCCCUCAUGACAAGUAAAAGUGCGUGACAUGAUUGGCACACAAUGCCCGUUCGGCGUGUGCGUGGCCGUGCGCUCACAGAUCCCCCAGGGACUCAGGCAAAGGGGUUC